AUGCAGGCCUUCCGUCGUUACGCUUCUGCCGCACCAACCGCCGCCUUCGCUGGUCAGAAAGGCGCGAACGGCAAAUAUACAGUCACUUUGAUUCCCGGCGACGGUAUUGGCCCGGAGAUUAGUGAGUCCGUGAAGAACAUCUACGCGGCUGCCAACGUUCCUAUCCAAUGGGAGGAGGUCGACGUCACCCCCAUCCUGAAGGGCGGAAAGACGGUCAUACCUGACGCUGCCAUUACAUCGGUCAGGAAGAACACCGUUGCGUUGAAGGGUCCUCUCGCUACCCCCAUCGGCAAGGGCCACGUUUCUUUGAACUUGACCCUCCGCAGGACCUUCAACCUCUUUGCGAAUGUUCGUCCUUGCGCUUCUAUCAAGGGCUUCAAGACCCCCUACGACGACGUCAACACCGUCCUAAUUCGGGAGAACACGGAGGGUGAAUACUCCGGCAUUGAGCAUGAGGUAGUCGACGGCGUUGUCCAGUCCAUCAAGCUCAUCACCUGGGACGCGUCCGAGCGCGUUGCUCGUUACGCAUUCCAUUACGCCCAAGCUUCCGGCCGCAAGCGCGUCACUGCCGUGCACAAGGCUAACAUCAUGAAAAUGUCUGACGGGAUGUUCUUGUCCGCGUGCCGUCAGGUUGCGAAGGACUUCCCGGAUAUCAGCUACGAUGAGGACCUCCUCGAUCGUGCAUGCCUGCAGAUCGUACAAAACCCGCGGCCGUACUCGGAUCGUGUGAUGGUCAUGCCCAACCUCUACGGUGAUAUUCUUUCCGACAUGUGCGCGGGUCUCAUUGGCGGCCUGGGUUUGACGCCGUCCGGCAACAUUGGACGUGACGCCUCCAUCUUUGAGGCUGUCCACGGCUCGGCACCAGACAUCGCAGGCAAGGGCUUAGCUAACCCGACGGCGCUCCUCUUGUCGUCUCUCAUGAUGCUCAGGCACAUGAACCUUAACGAGUACGCCGACAAGAUCGAGAAGGCGGCGCUCACGACCAUCGCCGAGGGCAAGUCGAUCACUGGCGACCUUGGCGGCAAAGCGUCGACGAAGGAGUACACUGCUGCCAUCAUCGACAAGUUGGCCAAGGCAUAG